AUGGUGAAGUUGCUGCCUGCCCAGGAGGCAGCCAAGAUCUAUCAUACCAACUAUGUGCGGAACUCACGGGCCAUUGGUGUCAUGUGGGGCACGCUAACCAUCUGCUUCUCUGUGUUGGUCAUGGCUCUCUUCAUUCAACCUUACUGGAUCGGUGACAGCGUCAACACGCCCCAGGCAGGGUAUUUCGGCCUUUUCUCCUACUGCACAGGCAAUGUGCUGUCCUCGGAGCUCAUCUGCAAGGGCGGCCCCUUGGACUUCUCCUCCAUUCCCUCCAGAGCCUUCAAGACCGCCAUGUUCUUUGUGGCCUUGGCCAUGUUCCUCAUCAUUGGCUCCAUCAUCUGCUUCAGUCUGUUCUUCAUCUGUAACACGGCCACGGUGUACAAGAUCUGCGCAUGGAUGCAACUGGCUGCUGCCACAGGUCUGGCGAUUGGCUGCCUGGUCUACCCAGAUGGUUGGGACUCAAGUGAGGUACGGCGCAUGUGUGGGGAGAAGACCGGCAAGUACACACUGGGCCACUGCACCAUCCGCUGGGCCUUCAUGCUGGCCAUCCUUAGCAUCGGUGAUGCCCUCAUCCUCUCCUUCCUGGCCUUCGUGCUGGGCUACCGGCAGGACAAACUCCUCCCUGAUGACUACAGGGCCGAUGGAAAUGGUAAUCUACCCCUGCCCCCAGUGACCCCAGGCUGGGGUGGGGAGUUCCUCUCAGUCAGCCACCCAAGGCUUGGCCCCUGA